AUGUUUAUCCGCUAUCCGAUGAUGGGUUUGCAACCUUGGGUGAACUAUCUAAGAUGUGGGAUACGAAGUCGUAUGGUCAUAGGGUGGAUGGCAGGGAACAACUGCACUAUAUGCAAGGACAGAGGACGCGAUGUAAAGGCGGCCACGGGGGUGACAAUCCCCUGCAAGAAGUCGACCUGUUCAGCACACGUCCAUGUGUCUUGUGCGCAGUCCAAACGUUUAUUAAAGUUCGCCUUCAAGGACGAUAUGGUGUGUCUUACGUAUUGUGCCAGACAUGGAGGGAAUCGGUCGCGAAGCUCCAGCGCACAAACCAACACACACAGCACACACAGCACAACUAAAGGCGGGGGUGCCCAGGUGGGCAGGAGCACCAGCGCAAGCGCGAAUGAGGAGUCGGGUAAGGAAGGGGAUAGAGAUAUAAAUAGACAGAGAAGCAAGCAACGAGAAGGCGAGAGCUCUAGGGCUUCUAGGGCCGUAUCGCAGACCAAGGAAGGAGAAGAACGGCCAGCCGCAACGAAUGCGGGUUCGUUUAAAAGCAAAAAUAGCAAAAGCGGGGAUAGUGCCGGCGGUAUUAAACGCGAGUUGAAGGGCAGCAUCACGAAUACUUCUGGCGAGCGAGAGGGCAGCACCCGCGAGGGGGAUAGAGACACCACAGAACAGGACAGAAAUAGUAAACGGCCACGCAAGGACGUCAAGCGGGAAAGUUCGGUACGAGAGACGAAAGGGACGAGCACCAGUAGUAUUGCAAUUAGCAAGGACGCAUCGGGGAGUCAGCUCAGGGCUCGGGUACAGAGCUUUGUGCGCAGUCAGAAUACGGAGAUGAAGGAGUUUAUCGAGCAGGCAAUGUUGGGUACGAAGGAGAAGUUCGUAGAGAUCCUGCCGAAGGUCAGGCAGAUGAGUGAGGAUAACAGGGCUCUGCAGCUGCGAAUAAAGGCGUUAGAGGACGAGCACGCGGCUCUGACGACGGUCCAACAGCGGUUGAAUGAGAGGAGGCAAGCCAAGACUGUGCCGCCGAAGGCGGACAACAUGCAGCAUGUCAACAAGAACCUUAUUACGGCCAUCUUUAUCAUUCUGAGCGAGCUCAACGGCCAGAGUAUGGAGUCGUUCAAUGCCAUUGAGAAUAAAGACUCAUUCAUCUUGAAGGUGUUCGACCAGUUGCAAGCGCAAGCAGAGGAGGGUGUGAGUCCGACAGCGCGUGAUAGACUUAUACGAGGAGUACUUAGUAAAUGUUUAAAGGAAUUCACAUUAAUAUGAAUAAAAGAUCU